AUGCCUGGCGUUAUGCCCCAGCUCCUCUUCUCCUUUCGAGUAGGGUGCCGGCUUGAACCUCGCGUCCCUUCCACCACCCAGUGCAUACAAGACAUCAUGCGUUACUUUACGCUCGCCUCUGCUGCCCUUUUGGCGGUGGCAAUUGCUCCUGCGCUCGCUAACCCGGUCGCCAUUCGCGCGCCCGAGGAUACUUCCGACCUCCUCUCUCGGCAGGAGGUAGGGGGCCCCACACGUCGCGCGCCCGAGGAUACCUCCGACCUCCUCUCUCGGCAGGAGGUAGGAGGCCCCACACGUCGCGCGCCCGAGGAUACCUCCGACCUCCUCUCUCGGCAGGAGGUAGGGGGCCCCACACGUCGCGCGACCGAGGAUACCUCCGACCUCCUCUCUCGGCAGGAGGUAGGCGGCCCCUGGUAG